ACUUCAUGGGUGCAAUGAGGAACCAGCAGGUCUCAGACCACUAACACAUCUGUGUCCUUAUCCAGCUGCUAGCAGUGGUGACUGCUGCAGCAUCACCAUGUUUCAUUGUGCAGCUCAACAUAGAGUUUGUUGUAGAGAGUGGAGACAGAGAGAGGCAGAGAAGCACGAUGGCUGCAGUCACAUGGAUUCAAAUGUCUUCAUUUCUGCUGCUGAUGCUUCAGGUUAAAGCAGCAACAACAGGAAACACUUUGCCCUCCUUCACUGUCAGAGCUGGACACGACACCAGUUUGUCCUGUGAAAAUGUGAUAGAUGGUCAACAAAACUGCUCCAGUACUACCUGGAUGUUCAGUGGUUCAACAAGAGGAGCAGCAGUAGAGCUGGUUGUUCAUGGACAGAUUACAGAGAACACUGAAGCUAAAUCAGACAGACUGAGUGUUGCAGUGAACUGUUCUCUGGUUAUAAAGAAGGUCACAGAUGAUGAUGUCGGUCGUUACACCUGCAGACAGUUCAGAACAAGAGGAGGAAAACAAGAAGGAGGAGAUACUGUCAUUGAUCUGUCUGUUAUUCACAUGACUGAACGUGAGAACAAUGAUGAAGUCAUCUUGAGCUGCUCUGUGUGGACACAUGAACCCUGCAGACACUCAGUGCAGUGGCUGUUUGAGGGUAAAGAGAACAUGAAGGUGAAAGCAGGUUCCUGCUCUGACACUGUGACAUUUACAAGAUCUCAACUUAAUCAGAAGUCACAGUUUUAUGAGUCAUUGAAGUGUAAAGUGACACACGAUUACACUAACAAUGAGCAGCUGUUUCCCUUCAAACUCAAGUCCUCAGGUGAGAAAACAGGUGAAGAUGCCAAAACAACAACAACAACAACAACAUUUAAACCAACAUCAGAGGAAGUAAAGAGCUCAGGUUUUCUGCUGAGGUGGAUCUUUGUGUUUGUGGGUUUAGCAGCUCUCAUAAUAUCUGCUGUUAAAGUCAACAUGUGGACAAAAACUAAAGGAAUCAAAACACAGACAGAAGGAAACACUGUGCAUAAAGAUGAAGAUGAAGGUUCAGUGAUCUAUGAAAACUCUGGAGAGCCUUCUGCUUCUGUCAGACUCCACUGAUCAGAAAAUUCAGCAUCAACUCAGCACAGCAACAAAUUCACUGCUGUUUAACACAUUUAAGCUUGAUUUGAUCUUGCAUUUAGUAUUCAGGUCAAUUUUAUUUAUAUAGCACCAAAUCACAACCAACAGUUUCCUCAAGGUGCUUUAUAUUGUAGGUAAAGACAAUAAUAAUACAAUAAUUAUAGAGAAAAGUCAACAAUCAAAAU